GUCAGAGCGUAGGUUCUGCUUGGUUCCCAGCGCAAACAUGGCGGCGACGCGGCUCUUCUGGAGAACUUCAGGCGUUAAGUCUUCAUUAACCGGGUUAACCGGAGGCGUGCACAGCAGUUUGGGACUAACUCUGCUUAAACUGUAUCCCGACUGCACAGCCAAGCCGAAAACACAGAGGAGACACGCAGCGCACUUUACCUUUCAACCUGACCCGGUGACCACUCAGUAUGGCCCCACACAGAAGAUGAAUCUAUUCCAGUCAGUAACCAGUGCCUUGGACAACACGCUUGCCAGUGAUCCCACCGCAGUGAUUUUUGGUGAGGAUGUGGCGUUCGGUGGGGUGUUUCGAUGCACGGUCGGCCUCAGAGAUAAAUAUGGUAAGGACCGUGUAUUUAACACCCCGCUGUGUGAGCAAGGCAUUGUGGGGUUUGGGAUCGGUGCAGCCGUCGCAGGAGCCACCGCUAUUGCAGAGAUUCAGUUUGCCGACUACAUUUACCCAGCGUUUGAUCAGAUUGUGAAUGAAGCGGCCAAGUACCGGUACCGUUCGGGGAACAUGUUUGACUGUGGGAAGCUGACCAUCAGAUCUCCGUGGGGCUGCGUGGGUCACGGCUCGCUCUAUCACUCCCAGAGUCCAGAGGCCUUCUUCGCACACUGUCCUGGAAUUAAGAUUGUUGUGCCGAGAGGUCCGGUCCAGGCCAAGGGUCUUCUUCUGUCCUGCAUUGAUGAUAAUAACCCAUGCAUCUUCUUUGAGCCUAAAAUCCUCUACAGAGCAGCAGUGGAGCAGGUUCCCACAGAAGCCUAUCACAUCCCUCUCUCCCAGGCCGAGGUCCUGCAGGAGGGCAGCGAUCUCACGCUGGUGGCCUGGGGAACACAGGUACAUGUGAUGAGGGAAGUGGCUGCCAUGGCACAGGAAAAGCUGGGUGUCUCCUGUGAGCUCAUCGACCUUCAGACCAUUUUGCCCUGGGACAAAGAGACCAUUUGCAAGUCGGUGGUGAAGACGGGUCGGCUGCUCAUCAGUCAUGAAGCUCCAGUGACCGGAGGCUUUGCAGCGGAGAUCAGCUCUACUGUUCAGGAGGAGUGUUUCCUCAACUUGGAGGCUCCCAUCAGUAGGGUUUGUGGGUAUGAUACGCCCUUCCCGCACAUCUUUGAGCCCUUCUACAUCCCCGACAAGUGGAAGUGCUUUGAGGCCGUCAAGCGCAUGAUCAACUACUGAAACACAGGCAAUACAGAUUGACAACUUCAUCAGUGAACAAACCAGUCAAUCCCACAGCCAAGCUCCUGCCUGUAGAUGGGACCAUGUUACCGGACAGGCUG